AUGAUGAGCGGGAAACCCGCUGACGAGGUGGACGCCUACGAGCGCGAAGCCGAAAAUCGUCGUCGUCUCCAAGAAGCCGAAGAAAUGGAACGACGCGAACAAGAACAGGCCGAAAGACGUCGCCGGGACGGCUACCCCCCGGGCCCUCCCCAUCACAGCAACGCUGGCUCCAUUCCCAUACAUCAACCCGUUGCAUCUCGUGCGAUGGGCGCAAUCCAUAGCCCCGGCGGCCUGCUUGCGAACCACGGCUCAGGCUCUUCCGGGCCUCCCAUGUCACUCGGCGCCCCCUCGGGGCCUGGCGCGAACUUCGGCGGCCCCCUUCAACCCGAUAACAGCAGACCUCCGCAACACGGCGGUCCGAACAACCCCAAUACCCAGCACCAAAUGUUCGCACCGAUCCCGCACACGACUGUCCCUCCCAACAACUCCCUAGGCGCUGCCAGCGGUGGUCCACCUGUUUUCGGAGGACCGCUGCAGCAGCGCGAGGGCCAACCACCGAUGCAACAAGGGCCGCCAUUCGGUGGCAAUGGUGGAAAUAGCGGCAAUGCUGCUCCCGGCGCGGCUGGUGGUCAGACUCAAGUGCCGCCUGGCCAGCAAGGCCAAGGUGGCAUUGCUCAAGGCCAACAGCCCAUCUUGAACGAUGCCUUGACGUAUCUCGACCAGGUCAAGGUACAGUUCCACGACCAGCCAGACGUGUACAAUCGGUUCCUCGACAUUAUGAAAGACUUCAAAAGCCAGGCCAUUGACACUCCCGGCGUCAUCAAUCGCGUCUCGGAGCUUUUCGCUGGCCAUCCCAACUUGAUCCAGGGCUUCAACACCUUCCUGCCGCCAGGGUAUCGGAUUGAGUGCGGCGCCGGCAACGACCCUAACACCAUCAGGGUUACGACGCCUAUGGGCACAACCGUUCAAUCCAUUGCAGGCAGAGGAACGCAGGUCGAAGGCCACCCACACCCCAAUGGAGCUUCGCAACCGCUCUUUCCCCAGCGCGGAAACAACUGGCAGCAGCAGCAGCCGCCGCCGCAGCAGCAACAACCGCCACCCCCCCAGCAGCCUCAGCACAGCAUCGAGAGCCCUGAAGCCAACUUCAGUGCACCGGCAUUUAUGAACCAGGGCCACGUUGCGCCUUUCGAAGGUCCUGGAGGUCAGCAACGUGGUCCUCCGGCGCAGGGCGCUGCGCACGCGAACAACGCGCAACAGCCGCCUCGCAAUGCCCAUACGCCAACUCCGGUUGCGGGACCCGCAAAUGUGAAUGGUGCCACCAACCAGCAGCAACAACAGGCAAAUAUGGAACGCCGUGGUCCCGUAGAGUUUAACCAUGCCAUCAGCUACGUGAACAAAAUCAAGAACCGCUUUCAGGACAAGCCUGAGAUUUACAAACAAUUCCUUGAAAUUCUCCAGACUUAUCAGCGCGAACAAAAACCGAUUCAGGACGUGUACGCCCAAGUCACGACCUUGUUUCACACUGCACCUGAUCUACUCGAAGAUUUCAAGCAGUUCUUGCCCGAAUCUGCUGGACAAGGAAAGGGAACACCAGGCCGACCUGGCGAUGAGCUCCCACCUGGCCCUGGCCCGAACCAGACACCCCAACCGACCAUGAGCGGCCAGAAAAUGCCUCCCUUGGGCAGCUUUGCUCCUCCCAGUGCUUCCAAAGAGAACAAUAAGAAGCGACCAAGGACAGACAAACAGACGCCCGUUCCUGCGCCGCCUGUUGUCGAAACUGUGGUCCCAGCUAACCGAGCUGCUGCUGGCGCUCCUCCUUCCGCGGCCGUGAACAACAAGCGAACCAAGUUGUCACAUAACAAGGCUUUGGCUACAGAUGCUCCCGCAGUUGAGCCGACGCUGACGCCGAUAUUACCGGAGCCUCUAGGACCUCCUGCGUCAACCACCUCCAACUCUGACGAAAUCGCCUUCUUUGAGAAGGUCAAGAAAUACCUGAGCAACAAAACCGCUUUUAACGAAUUCCUCAAAGUCUGUAACCUGUUUAGUCAAUCCAUUAUUGACCGGAAUACAGUGUUCCACAAGGGCAGCGUUUUCUUUGCCGCAAAUCCCGAGCUUCUGGGUUUCUGGAAGGCAUUCCUCAAGUAUGAACCGCACGACGAGAUUGUCGAUAAUAGACCCGCACCCCCUAGCGGCAAAGUAUCGUUGAGUAACUGCCGAGGCUACGGUCCCAGUUAUCGUCUUCUUCCCAAGAGGGAGCGUCUCAAGCCUUGCAGCGGCCGCGAUGAACUUUGCAAUUCCGUAUUAAACGACGAUUGGGCCUCGCAUCCAACUUGGGCCUCCGAGGAUUCCGGAUUCGUCGCUCAUCGCAAGAAUGGUUUCGAGGAGGGAUUGCACCGAAUCGAGGAGGAACGCCACGAUUACGACUUUAACAUUGAAGCAAACCUCAAAUGCAUCCAGCUCCUUGAGCCCGUUGCCCAGCAAAUCAGCGUCAUGUCGCCUUUGGAGAGAGAGCAUUUCCAGAUGCCGCAGGCCUUGGCCGGACACAGCACCUCGGUCUUCAAGCGCGUCUGCAAGAAGAUUUAUGGUGAAAAGGGCCCCGAAGUUGUCAACGACUUGUUCAACAACCCGCUGAAUGUGGUCCCGAUAGUUUUGACCAGAAUGAAGCAAAAGGACGAGGAAUGGCGCUUCUCGCAGCGUGAGUGGGAGAAGGUGUGGCAUGCGCAAGUUGAGCAUAUGCACCUCAAGAGCCUCGACCACAUGGGCAUUCUUGUCAAGCAGACCGAUAAAAGGAACCUAUCAGCUAAACACCUCGUCGACGUCAUCAAGACCAAGGCCGAGGAGCAGAGGCGCCAGCGCAGCUUGAAGGGCAAAGCUCCACGUCAUCAAUUGGUCUGGGACUUCAACGAUAAGAAGGUCGUCGUUGAGCUGCUUCGUCUGAUGAUGCUCUAUACCGUCAGCAGCGGCCAGCACAGCGUGCCAGAGAAGGAGCGCAUUGCCUACUUCUUCGAGACCUUCAUCCCCGCAUUUUUUGAUAUUCCCGAAGAAGACCUGGAGGGUCGUCUGCCGAGGCUGCAGGAUGUAUCGGAAGAAGACGAGACUGAGGAGGCCGUCCCUACCGAACUCACCAACGGCCGCAGCCGUCGUGCUGGCAGAAGAGGUGAUUUGCUUCGCGGCGUGCUUGACCCUGGUCGCAACGGCUCCAAGCCCCGUGCACAAAAGGAGGGAAGCGCGGCAUCUGGUAGCAAAGAGACGACACCUGAAGUUGGGUCGGCUAACGAGGAGGAGAUGCCUGAUGCUCCGGAGGACGGCGCUGGCCCCGAUGUGUCGAACGAUCGCUGGAUGCCAAUUGUCCCGCAGCCCAUUGUCACGAUUGGGGACGACGCGCUUUUGACUGCUGAUGGCGAGCUGAAGGCUGAUGGGUUCUUCUCCCGGCCUUGGCACAACUUCUUCUGCAACCAGACAAUCUUCGUCUUCUUCAACGUGUUCCAGACGAUUUACACUCGUCUUAGGGACGUCAAGGAGAGUAAGGAGAGCGUCGUCGAAGAGGUCAACAGAGUCAACCGACCCCGUCCCGCAAAGGACAUCGGGUUGGCUGACAACACUCUCAACUACUUUGGUCCUCAAGACGACCCUGAGAGCUUCUGGCCGAAGACCUUGGAGCUCGUUGAGGAAUAUAUUACUGGCGAUAUCGACGAAGUUCGGUACCAGGAUGUUCUGCGUCACUACUACCUUAAGAGUGGCUGGAAGCUGUACACCAUUCAGGACCUUCUCAAGACGCUGUGCCGUCUUGCUCUCACAUGCAGCAGCACUGACGCGAAAGAGAAGACUCCGGACCUCAUUCAACAGUACCUCCACAGCCGGGAGAAGGAGGAGACAAACUACCAGUCAGAGAUUGCUGCCCGCAAGUACGCAGAGAAGUGCGUCAAGGACGGCGAGAUGUUUGUCAUCUGUUGGUUCCCACUCAAGUCGGAAGCCUCUGUUCGUUGGCUGCAACGUGAAGACACCACCUUCUACAUGGACGAGAUGAAGGCCAAGGAUCGCUGGCAAUACUACAUCUCGUCCUUCAUUCAGGUCGAGCCGACAGAAGGUGUACCGCGGCAUAAGUUGCAAAAGACGGUGUUGGCCCGUAACUUGCCUUCCAGCGACGAGAAGUUUGAAGAUAGCCACAUUCCCAAGCCCAUUUCGUUCGACGAAGACCUUUCUAUCAGCAUAUGUCUGAACUCGAGCAAGAUGGUGUGGAAGGCCGGUACAUCUGAAUACUUUGUCUACGACAACGUUCCCAAGGACAAAGAGGGGCAGGAGCGACACCUCGAGAGGCUCAAGAACGCAAGCAACAAACGCGACACUAAGCUCCGCGAGAAGUUUGUCUUCAACAGCCCCUGGAUGAAGGGCAUGAGCCAGUCAGACGUCCAAAAGUCCAACGAGGGUUGGUCAAAGUGGCUCAAAGAUGGCGUCGCACCCACCCCCGAAGCAGGGGACGCAAUGGACACCGCAGAGUGA